AUGGUUCAAAAAUGCAGUGGUUUAAACCGGUUGGUGCAUACAUUGUUACGAUUGAAUGAUGUGAAAUUAUUUUUAAUUGGAUUAGGGUUCGUAUUUUUAUUAAAUUGGAUUGUUACUUUAUCGUGGAUACCGAAAUUUAAAUGUUUGUCAGAUGGUAGCGUGCUUCAGAGCACAAAACAAUAUUCCAUAUUUUCUUUAACUGAUGUUAGUUAUGCUCAAAAUCUUGCUAAUAAGAUUAAUAUAUAUUGUUAUAUCCUAACGGAACCACAGUCACAUCUAACCAAAGCUUAUCAUGUUCAAACAACUUGGGCCCGAAGGUGUACCCGUUUUGGUUUUAUUAGUUCAAAAGCGGAAAAAUUAAUGAAAAUGCUUGCUGUUGAUAGGACUCAAAAUUAUGUUAAACAUUCUUGGAUUUCAAUGCGUGAAACACUUCGUGCAUUACAUAAACAAACUUACAAAGCAGCAUAUUUUCUUAAAGCUGAUGAUACGACUUAUGUGAUCAUGGAAAACUUAAGGAAUGCUUUAGAAUACACAGAUCCUCGUAAACCAUUUAUUAUGGGUCACAUCUAUAAGAUCCGUCCAAAUGAAUUCACUUUAUCUGGUAGUUUUGGCUACGUCCUAUCAAGAUCUGCUCUCGAAUUAAUUGUUCUGAAAGGUUUAGACAAAUUGGCUGACUGUGGACCAAUUCAGCAUGUUCGUGAAGAUAUUCAAAUAUCUAAAUGUGCAAAAGCAUUAGGCAUAGAAUUCAAAGAUAGUAUUGAUAUGUUUGGAAUGUCACGAUUCAGUAAUGUUACUAUAAACAAUCUUUUUGGAACAUUCAAUAACAGUAAUAAUAAUAGCGGAACAAUUCAGUGGGAUCCAAUAAAAACAGAUUAUACACAAGCAGUGUAUGAUUUAAAGAAAUUACCUGCAAGUCCACUGCUAAUCAGUUUCGGUGGUUUAAUGCCAGUGAAAAUGUACAUUUUAGAAUAUUUAAUCUAUCAUCUUCGACCAGUUGGAAUAACGCAUCGAAUUUUACAACAUCUACCUUAUUCAUCAUCAUCUGCAAUGAAUCGUUAUCAUCAACAAGACCAUAGUACAUAA